AUAACGAGUCAACAUGUGAAGAUGCAGGAAACGCCAUAAUUCAGAAUGUGAAACUGUACUUCAAAUCAUUGGCCUGUUUGGCUUAGUUGCGACCUAAACCGGUCUUUAGAAUGAUGCAGACUGUGUAAAGGCAAGACGUUUUGAUACAGCUUACCAUGGAUGAACAGGCUGAGGUUGCUGUGGGUAAGACUGAGGUAGACAGCAGUAGCAGAAAUGAUUCACCAGACAAAGGGAGAACUAACACAAACUAUGGCAAACGUGAAUGGACGAGAAGUGAUCGCAGGGGACAGGGGUGGCAGGGAGGGGGAAAUGGGGGAAAGAAUACUGAUCAGAGAAAAGAAGAAAGCAAGAAAGAAGGGCAGGAUGAUAAAAGUAACUCAGGCCCCAGACGCCCGGAGCCAAGAUUUCCACGUAAAAAAGAUGGUGAUAAACCAGCCUCCAGGGUCACAAAGUCUGAGCAAGGCAGUGACAAGAAGUUGGACAGGGAGAAUCCUGCCAAUGCUAAUGCCAAAGGUGAUGGUAGAGAUGUAGGAAGAGGAAGUCCAAGUAAAAGUUACAGAGACAGCAGGCCACAGAGAGGGGGAAGAAGAGGGACUGAGACAGCGGAAAAGACUGGCAGUCCAGGCAGCUGUAAGCCAAGUGUCCCCUCAAACAGUGAAUCCUCAAUAGGUGACAGUGAUGGGCAAACUGGUGCUGACUCAGUAGAACAGCUAAAGGGUGCUGCCGAGCUGUUAGCGCUGUUCCAGGGAGAGGGGGGACCCCCCAGGACAGAGGGCAUCCAGAAUGCGGCCGACCUGGAGGCUCAGUGGCAGCAAGAAGAAGAAAACAAGGCCAAGCUUGAUGUAGGGCGGAAGAGGGAAGACGAGAAACGAAAAAGGGCAGAGGAUGACAGAAGGAAGGAAGAGGAGAGGAGGAAAAAGAGAGAAGAAGAAAAGAAGAGAGAGGAGGAGAAAAGAAAGAAAAAAAUUCGUGAGGAAGAAGAAAGGGUUCGAGAAGAAGAAAGAAGACGACAGGAAGAAGAGAGGAAGAUAAGGGAAGAAGAAGAAAGAAAGAAAAGGGAGGAAGAGGAAGCACAGAGGCUUAUAGAAGAGGAACAGAGACUGCUUCAAGAAUACUUAGAAGAAUCCAGAAGAAGCUCAGAAAUCAGAACAUUUCUCAGGGAAAAAAACCUCAAUGCAGCAGACAAUAGACCAUCCGACUCCUUUUUUACUAAACUGGAUUCCAAUUUAAAGAAGAAUACUGCAUUUGUUAAGAAGUUGAGAAAUAUAACAGAAGCCCAGAAAGAUGCUCUGAGCAAGGAUUUUGAGUCCCUCAAUCUCACAAAAUAUAUUGGAGAGGCAGCAGUGUCUGUGACAGAGGCCAAGUUGAAGAUGUCUGAUGUUGCCUGUGCAGUCCACCUCUGUAGUCUACUUCACCAGCGCUACGCAGACUUCUCCUCCAUGUUACUGGAGAACUUCCACAAGAUUCUGUUAUCUAAGAAAGAUGAAAAGGAGGAGGAUAAGAGAAAGGCAGAAGAGCGUAAAAUUCGUGAGGAAGAAGAAAGGGUUCGAGAAGAAGAAAGAAGACGACAGGAAGAAGAGAGGAAGAUAAGGGAAGAAGAAGAAAGAAAGUUCAUCCAGAAAAGGGAGGAAGAGGAAGCACAGAGGCUUAUAGAAGAAGAACAGAGACUGCUUCAAGAAUACUUAGAAGAAUCCAGAAGAAGCUCAGAAAUCAGAACAUUUCUCAGGGAAAAAAACCUCAAUGCAGCAGACAAUAGACCAUCCGACUCCUUUUUUACUAAACUGGAUUCCAAUUUAAAGAAGAAUACUGCAUUUGUUAAGAAGUUGAGAAAUAUAACAGAAGCCCAGAAAGAUGCUCUGAGCAAGGAUUUUGAGUCCCUCAAUCUCACUAAAUAUAUUGGAGAGGCAGCAGUGUCUGUGACAGAGGCCAAGUUGAAGAUGUCUGAUGUUGCCUGUGCCGUCCACCUCUGUAGUCUACUUCACCAGCGCUACGCAGACUUCUCCUCCAUGUUACUGGAGAACUUUCACAAGAUUCUGUUAUCUAAGAAAGAUGAAAAGAUCUCCAACCCCAGCAAGUACAGGGUAGACCUGAGGUUCUUUGCUGAUCUGAUAGCAGUGGGGGUGUUCACAGAGAAGGAGGGACUGCCCCUGUUGUCCACUCAGCUCUCUGUACUGGUCAGUACGGACAGGGAAGAGUUCAACAACCUGUCCAUCCUCAUCAGCUUCUGUAAGCACUGUGGUGAGGGCUACGCAGGAUUGAUACCCAGGAAGAUAAGGUUACUGGCAGAGAAAUAUGGCAAAGAACUUGUCUGUAAUAAUAUUCUGCCAGUAGAGCGCCAGAAAGCCUGCAGGAACCUGCUGAAAGAGUACUACAACGCGCUGAGCAAACACCUGCUGAAUGAACACAAACAGCUGAAGGACAUGGAGAAAAUGAACAGGAAAAUACUGCAGACCAAGGGGGAGCUGAGUGGGGAAAGACAGGAGAGAUACGAGGCUGCUUUGACAGCUUAUCAGAAGUUGUUCACAAACACAAGUACCUACGCUGACCUUCUCGAUGAAGACAUGCCUGAUUUGAAAGAAGAGGAACACAAAGCAGAUGAUGAUGGUAUGGGUCUGGAUAUUUUCAGUCCUAUGAAGCCAGGAGAGUAUCAGUAUGAAGGAGACACAACAUUGUUUGAAGAUGAGGAUACGAGAGCAUUUUAUGAGACACUGCCAGAUCUGCGGGCGCUGAUCCCAGGGAUUCUGUACAAGGACAGUGAGCAGGCAGCCACGGCACCAGCAGAGGAAGAGUUAGGCCUAGAAGAUGAUCUUGAAGCUUUGAACAUAGAAGAUGUAGAGAAAGAGCUUGAAGAGGAAGGUAAAAAACAGGAGAACAAGGAUGGAAAGAAGGAAGGGGAGAAAGAGGAGGAGAUGGCAGUAGAGGAAAUGCUGGAUGUGGAAGAUGAUCAUGAUGAGGUUGAUGCUGGGACCAAAAAGCUGAUUUUGGAUGGUUUUCUACAGAGUUUGCCUACAUUAGUGAACAGAGAUCUCAUAGACAAGAGUGCAAUGGACUUCUGCAUGAAUCUAAAUACCAAAAACAACAGAAAGAAGCUAGUCAGAGCCUUGUUUACAGUGCAGAGAACAAGGUACGAUCUCUUGCCAUUCUAUUCCCGUCUGGUAGCAGUGCUGCAUCCCUGUAUGCCAGAUGUUGCUACUGAUUUGGCUACCUUCUUAAAGGGAGAUUUCAAGUGGCAUGUCAGGAAAAAGGAUCAAAUCAACAUUGAGUCCAAGCUGAAGACUAUUAGGUUUAUUGGGGAGUUGGUGAAAUUCAAAAUGUUUUCUAAGGCAGAGGCACUUCAUUGUUUAAAGAUGCUGCUGUUUGACUUCAGCCAUCAUAACAUAGAGAUGGCCUGUGCCUUACUGGACACAUGUGGACGCUACUUAUACAGGUCUCCAGACUCCCACCACAGGACCAAAGUCUACCUGGAUGUGAUGAUGAGGAAGAAGACAGCCCUGACCAUGGAUAGCAGGUACACCACCAUGAUAGAGAAUGCCUACUACUACAGCAAUCCUCCAGACCUGCCCCAGAUGGUGCGUGCAGAGAGGCCGGCUUGGCAGGAGUACAUCAGGAAGCUUUUGUACAAAGACCUGUCCAAGACCACCACAGAGAAAGUGUUGAGGCAGGCUAGGAAGCUGAACUGGGAUGACCCUGAGGUGUCCUCCUACAUGACCAAAUGUAUCAUUCAUGUGUGGAACAUGCGCUAUAACAACAUCCACUGUGCAGCUAACCUGCUAGCAGGACUGGCUCCUUACCAUGAGGAGGUAGCAAUCCAUGUGGUGGAUGGUGUGUUAGAAGACAUCAGGAUUGGCAUGGAGAUCAAUCAUCCUAAGUUUAACCAGCGUCGUGUCAGUAUGGUGAAGUUCCUGGGAGAGCUGUACAACUACCGCAUGGUGGAGUCCGCUGUCAUCUUUAAAACUCUCUACACCUUCAUCACUUUUGCUGUCUUUCUUGAGGCUAAUGCCCCGAACAUCCUUGACCAGCCAGAGCAUCUGUUCCGUGUUCGCUUGGUCUGUGUGCUGUUGGACGUAUGUGGUCAGUACUUUGACCGAGGGUCAAGCAAGAAAAAGAUGGACUGCUUCCUGGUUUACUUCCAGAGGUACUACUGGUUUAAGCGCCAGGCCAGCAUCUGGACAGAGGAGCGUCCAUUCCCCAUGGACAUAGAGUACCUGUACAGAGACACCUUGGAGAGCCUGAGACCCAAACUACAGCUGUGUACCAGCUUUGAGGAGGCACAGAAGGCAGUGGAUGAAUUGGAGAAAGAGAUCAGGGAGAAACUGGCAUCCAUAUUGCCCAUACAAGAUACUGAUGAGCAGACAGAAAGUGAGACUGAAGACAGAGUCCUGCACUCUAUUAAAGAGGCUGAUGAAUCUGUGGAGGAGCUGAGCUUGAGUCUGUCCCAGGCCAGGCUUGGAGAGGACUACAGCAGUACUGCUGAGAGUGAAGAGGACAGGACACCCGCUGGCCACAUCAGCCAGAGUCAGGAGGAGAGUGAGGGGGAGACUGGAGAGGCGGGAGAGACGGGAGAGGAGGAGAUCAUGGAGUCUGCCGGGGAGAUGGACCAAGAGGACGAGGUCCACUUCAUCAGGACGGGGGAGGACAAAACGGUCAAGUGCCAGGAGGACGAUGAUUUCAUGACUGAGCUGGACAAGAUGAUUGCUGAUACUGUACAGGCUAGAUCCAAGGAAUCUGUGAAGGUGCCCACCCUGGACAUAGCUGUCCCCAUGCACCUGAAGGGUCAGACACGAGGCAAGUGGGGGCCUGGGGUCUCCACCAUGGAUGAGUCUUCUGGGACCAUCAACUUUACACUCAUGACCAAGAAAGGCAAUAAACAACAGUUUGCCUCCUUGCAUGUGCCAAUAUCGGCAGAACUGGCAGCAAAGUUCAAGGAGAGAGAGCAGGCUGAGAGAGCAGAGAAAGAGAAGCUGAAACAGAUGACCUUAGAUAUACAGGAGAGACAGGAAGACGAGGAGUAUCAAGAAAUGAUGGUGAACAUGAAUCGUACAGUCAUGCCACCAAACACGAACCGUGAGCGCCGUGUGCGGUACCAGCACCCCAAGGGCGCCCCUGAUGCAGACCUGAUCUUUGGUACCAAGAAGCGCUGAUUUGCCAGGAGCUGUGUUGUCUGCGGUAGACAGUUGCUAUGGAGAGACAUGCCCACAUUACACACUGUGCUGGGAAAACUGUCGUUGAGGUCAGCCAUAUUGAACAGGGACAGUUCUAUCUUUCACUGGAAAUCGGAAAGUCUGACAACAUUGCAUAGGACAGAGGAUGCAUACAAGUAGCAUUAAGGACCAGUUGGAAAAAUAACAUCUUUGGAAGUGAAAAACAAGGGACUGCAUUGUUUUUUUAAGGUUAUAAAAAGAGUUAGUUUUGUUAUUAUUUAAUUCUUGAAGAAAACAACAUUGAUUUGUGGAACAGACAAUUUUUAGUACAGUUUCCAGAACCUGGUUAUUUUCUCAGAGAUUUUUGGAUAAAGUCCUUUUAUUUAUUUAUUUAUUUAUUUAUUUAUUUAUUUAUUUAUUUGUUUGUUUAUUUAUGGUAAUGAUAAAAUUAGAAUUUGCAUCAAAAUGCAUAUGCUGAGCUGAAAUCUUAAGAUAAAAGAAUUAAUAAUUGUAAUUGCGGUAGAUGAGCAGUUUGAAUGCACUUAAGUCGGCAGCAUUAAUUGCAUUUGGUGAUCUCUGGUGACUAGAUGGGCUUUGGCCAUUGCAUUUAAAAUGAAACAUCAGCAAAUUGACCAAACCUUAGAAGGAAGCUCAUAAACUAAAUGUAGACAAGAGGAGAAAGUGUUUGAAAAGAUUUUUUUUUUAAUUAAGAACAUGCGACAAACUGCAUGGGGGCUGGUGCCCCCCCCCCACCCCCCACC